CCGGCCCGACCUCAGCCUCUACCCGGCCAGACACACAGACAGACCCCGCCGACUGCCGGGACACACAAGUGGGGAAAAAUUAGCUGCGACAGGAGGAGAGAGAAAACAGCCUGAACAUUUGUUGGGAGAAAAAUUACCGGGCGCAUUGCAGCAUCUCACAUAUUCUCCCAUCUGUAGCCACUUUUUUUGCUUUCACCCCACAUCGAUGUUUUCAUUAAGAAGAAAAACAAACUUUGUACGCCAUGGAAAGAUGUAAAAAUCCACGAGGAUACUAAACUUGGACACCCUUCUGAGCACAACCAGCGGGCUGGGCACUCUUAACAGGACCGUUAGGUUUUCGGCUAGCAAGCUAGGUGGGACCAGGACUUUGUGGCACGAGACCAAAAUUUCGUUUUCUUUUCAUUUCACGCUUCACUGCGGGGAAAACACCAAAGAUGAUGUCUGGGCUGAGUGAGUGGUUCUGGCAGGAGCGGCUGUGGUUUCCAGAGGGCCUGGGCUGGGCCGACCUGGAGGAUCGGGAUGGACGAGUAUACGCCAAAGCCCACGACUUGUGGGUGGCCCUGCCUAUCGCCCUUCUAUUCCUCAUUAUCCGUCAGAUCUUUGAAAGGACGGUGGCUACGCCCCUGGCUUCUCUGCUCGGGGUGAAAGAGACGGCACGGCUCAAAGCCCCUCACAAUCCCACACUGGAGUCCUACUACUGUAACACUACCAAAAACCCCACACAGACUUCAAUAGCAAGUCUUUGCAAGCAGACUGGCUAUUCAGAAAGACAAGUGCAGCGAUGGUUCAGGAGACGAAGGAACCAGGACAGACCCAGUUUGCUCAAAAAGUUUCGAGAGGCCAGUUGGAGAUUUACCUUUUACCUUCUUGCUUUCAUUGCUGGCCUGGCCGCCCUCAUCGAUAAACCUUGGCUGUACGACCUGAAGGAGAUGUGGGAAGGCUUUCCUGUGCUGACUCUCCUGCCAUCUCAGUAUUGGUACUACAUGAUUGAGCUGGGUUUCUACAGCUCUCUGCUCUUCAGUGUGGCUUCAGAUGUCAAACGCAAAGACUUCAAGGAGCAGAUUGUUCACCAUGUAGCGACCAUCCUCCUCAUCAGCUUCUCCUGGUGUGUUAACUACAUCCGUGCUGGGACUCUCAUCAUGCUGGUGCACGACUCCUCCGAUUACCUCCUCGAGUCUGCAAAGAUGUUUAACUAUGCUGGGUGGCGAAAUGCCUGCAACUACAUCUUUAUCCUAUUUGCUGCAGUCUUCAUUAUCACUCGCCUUGUCAUCUUCCCUUUCCGGAUUAUUUACUGUACGUGGGUUUACCCAGUGACCAUCUAUGAACCUUUCUUUGGCUACUACUUUUUCAACGGACUUUUGAUGAUUCUGCAGUGUCUACAUGUCUUCUGGGCUGUCCUCAUCAUACGCAUAGCAGUCCGCUUCCUCACCAACAAUGAAAAAGUGGACGAUGAAAGGAGCGACAAAGAUGAAACUGACGAAUCAGAAGAGGAGGAGGAAGAAGAGGAAAAUAAAAAGGACAUGAAGAAAAAUGGACCAGUGCAGAAUGGUCACACAGUACACAACAACAACCACAGCAAGACAGAGUGAAAACAAGCAAGUGUCAGGAUGAAAGAAUGUGAGAAGGACUCAUAUCCCUCAGUGGGGUAGCAGGAGGGAGGGAUGUAACAGAAAGAGAAAAGAAGAAGGAGCGUGGGCCAGGGAGGUCGGGGGAGUCAUUCCAUAAAACCAAGAACAGCAGGUAUCUUUAGGAGAUUUGACACUGUUACUUUUGCACAACACAAAACCACACUCACAUUCGUUCAUUCGUACUUUUAGAGGGCACAGAGAUCCAGCAGAUGAUAUACACUACACUAAGUGGCAUGGCUUUUUUGCUUUGUCAUCAGAGAAGAAAGUGUCAUUGUCAGCGUGUGAUGUCGGUCCCAAAAUUUCAAAGAGA